UGUUAUUAUCUUGUGGGACAGAACAUUUUAUACCAGAACGUUCAUGUGUGCAAUUCACUAAAAUAUAAUGUUGACAUCUCUUAAGAUUAGUGUUAACAAAUAUACAUUGUAUUGUAAUUAACGCCAGUACAGAACGUCAAGUUUUCAGAAUGUUUACACUUCAAAUGAGUAUUUUAUUUUUAUUCGGAUAUUUUCUGCAAUCAUGCAAAGUCGCAGGUGAUAUCAAGAUUGCAAUACCGGGAUCAUCAUUGUCGACAAAUGCAUCGUUAUAUGCUAUUUGGAGUGUUGACCGAGCUGUUGAUGGUCGCAUCGGAGGCGGGAAGUGUGGAUGUUGUACCGCUAUUGAAAGGCCAUGUUCGCUCCAAUUAGAUCUACAACAAAGCUAUCUUGUGAAGCGCAUCGUACUUAAAGGGAGAACAGACGGAGCAUACAACCAGUUCGCAAACAUUACAGUGUAUAUUGGUAAUGACGUCAGUCAAAUGGUCGAACAACCGUUCUCUACAAUAUCUGAUUUAGUACAAACCUAUGUGUUAACUCCGCCACAAGCUAUGCAAGCAAUAAUUGUGAUUGGUGGCAUGUCUGGUAAACGGGACAAAGAUUAUAUGGUAAUAUGUGAAAUAGAAGUUUACAGACAACAAGAUUGCGCAAAUGGAACCUAUGGACCUGAUUGUAACAAAACAUGUCAUUGUGUGGAAGGACCUUGUGACGCUGUAACUGGUAUAUGUGGAACAGGGUGUAAGAGAGGCUGGAGAGGGGCUGCCUGCAAUGAAACUUGUGCAGAUGGAUCGUAUGGUACUAACUGUUCAUUAACCUGCAGCGCAUUUUGUCGAAACAAUCGCCCAUGCCAUCAUAUUAAUGGGACUUGCAUCGAGGGUUGUGCAGAUGGAUAUGACUUUUCCACUGACAAAACGUGUAAUACUCCCUGUGAUCACAAAAGGUACGGUCGAGAUUGCUCAUCAAUCUGCAGCGAAUAUUGUCACAAUAAGCAGACAUGUCAUCACAUAAAUGGGACAUGUCCUAACGGUUGUGGAGAUGGAUAUGACUUUAACCGUGACAAAACCUGCAAUGCUACUUGCAAAAACAGAAAAUUUGGUAAAAACUGUUUAAUGGACUGCAACUGUGAUGAAUGCCAUCAUAUUAACGGUUCAUGUGCCAUCUUUAAGCAGCAAUGCGACACUGGGUUUAAGAUGGACAAAGAUAUCUGUCAACCUUGUGAACGAAGACGCUUUGGUCCUAAUUGUUCAAAUGAAUGCCAUUGUGAACAAUGCCAUAAUGUCAAUGGAUCGUGUGAUCUGUACACCAACAAUUGCGAUGGUGGCUUCCGACUUGACAAUGGGCUAUGUAAACCUACAGAGGAAAAGACGACUAUUGAACUGUCUCAUGGGGAGCUUGUGGGCGUCAUAUGUGCAGCCAUUGUGGCAUGCGUUGUCUGUAGUGUAGUCACGGCAUUAUGCUUGAGACACAGAAGGCGUCACCAAACAUCUGCAUCGAAUACAACGGAAUCAUGUCAAGGAACGGCUGUUUCUGCCUACGAUGAAUUGUCGCCAAAAACAAAAGCAACUAGCCACUAUGACACACUGACCAUUACAAUCCCGCCAACGUCUUCUGAAUGCGAACAAAUUCCAAAAGCCUUACAGAAAGCUGAAGAAUACGAACGGUUGCAAUUAAACCAAAAAACAGUUGCUGCCACGUACGAAAAGCUGUCUCCAAAUUUAACCACUGGGGAACAGUACGAACGAUUGGAAACCUGUUAAUUGUCCGGAAGAGACAUCACAGUGAAUUAGGAACUUAUCGUAGACCACACGUUCGAUUUGAAAACAAUUGAUUCAAAGAACAAAGCAACGCCCAAUUUUCAGUAAAACUAAAUGGAUGCCGAUAAAUAUGUGUAUUUUCAUAUGAAUAUAUUUUUGUGUGGAAUAUAGUUUCGUAUAACAAACAUUUUGAAUACAUAUAGGAAUAAUGAUGCUUUAAUGAAUAAGGCUGUUUCGUACAUAUUUAAAUGGCUUGCAGGGAGAAAACGCUGGAACAAUAUUCGUAUAUUUAUGUUUAUAGUUUGGGUCUGUGAAAAAAAGAUAUAUGAACAUUAUCUAAAAUCAGACACCUUUUACAAACAUAAACUGUAAACUUCGACGCUUCAAGAAAAAAAGCUAAUAUAUAUCGGUGAAGUUAAGCUUUGUAUAUAUUUAAAGAUACUAUCUACUUAACUGUGGCCCCAAAAAGGCAACUUAUUAAAAUAUGUUAAAUUUGACAAAACUUAUAAUGGCAUAAAAAAACAGACACACCUCUCUAUAAACAAUAAAUAAUUAGUUGAUACAUUCAGACACAAAAUAGUCGUUUUAUAAAAUGACAACUGUGUAUUUGACCUUUUUUAUUUUAACAUUUUAACGUCAUUAUUGUGAGGUUUCUAUAUUAUCCAUAUAUUGGAUGUGGUUAUUUAUCAGACAUGAUAGCACAGUUAGCUUAGGCGAUGUCAAAUGCCAUUUCUUUGUACGGUUCAUAAGUCAGGAGUUUGAUGCCCACUGAGUAUUUUACUUGUUCUGACUAUUUGCUGAUUUGUUUAUAUCGAUUUCUCAUAUGGUGUUUUACAAUAUUGUAUUAAAUUAAUGAAACAAUCUGAAAAAAAUGCCUGAAUAUAUAUAAAAAUGCAUUUCAGUAAGACUUACACCUUUGGAGCAUAAGGUUCAGGGGUCGAUUAUUGAUGUGGAUCUACACAUUUGUAUUAAGGUUCAAUAGGUCUAUUAUUAGUUUGAACUUAAAUCUUUUGAUUAAUAGACCCAGGGGUACAUCAUUGCCGUGGACUUGGAUCAAAAGCUUAAGAAUUCUAUCCUUCGGGUUACCUACAUAUUUUGAUCAUUAUGUCCAUGGUUAGAUCAUUGGUUUUGACGUACAAUGUGGAUCAAAAUGUCCAGGUUUAAGUCCUUGGUUUGAACUUACACUUUUUAUCACAAAGUCCAAGGUUAGAUAAUUGAUUUGGACCUACACAUUUUGAUCAAAUGGUCCCGGGUUAGUUCCUUGGUGUGGAGUAACAUCUUUAGAUCAGAAGGUCCAGGGUUAGAACAUUCAUGAGGAAGAAAUCAUGCAGUUAUCGCAUUAUCACCCCCAGCAAGACAUGGACCUUUUUUCAGGCAUCCUGUCGCCUCGUCCUCAGUUUUAUCGAGGAGAGCGCGACCGACUCGCAGUCACUAAAUUCCUCUUUUAAUGACAUAAAGUUUCAUGAAUGAGAACUUCUGUUCCGCAACUUAUUUUUAUGUUUAGUUCUUUAUUAACGUAUGCUUGUCUAUAACACCUGAUUAAACAAGUUUUAAAUUUAAUUGUUGCAACAUUUGUAUAUUUUAUGAAGUUAUUUUAUUUAUUUAAGUUUUGUUUGUUUUGUUUUAUUUAUUUUUUUGCAGUCACAUAAACAACCCAGCCAUGUAAUAUGGAUCUUUUACACUUAUUAUGGCUGCUUCUUCCUGUAUUUGCAAAAUGAUGAUCUGAAAUAUUACCUAUAUGAUGCUAUACUCUAAAAUCUUUUUCUAAAAAGAAGGGAUGUAGUUGACACUUGUUCAUUUAAUCGUGUCUCAUUUAGUUGUUGCUCUGGUCUUCUUCUCACCAUUGAGUAAUUAAAUUGUAAUUAAACUGAAUGCGUUUUAAUUCCCCUUUAUUAUUGUUUAAUUUGAUUUACAAUGCUAUUUAGGUUAAUUUUUAUUUACAUUUAUAUAUACCAUGAAUAUUGCUGGGCCAAGUUUGAAGUUGAGCGCUCUUUAACCGGUUUAAACCCUCAAUGCUUUGAAUUGGCCGUUCAGAGGCGGUGACCCCAGCCUUAUUCAUCCAUGUUUGUAUGUUGUUUCCUAUUGUGCUGUUUCGUACUGUUUUUGCAAUUGGUCACUUGCAUAAAAAUAAAGGACCAUCUUAUUGUAUAUAAUGAUAAUGCUAUACUGCUCCAGCAGCUUGAGUUUCACUUCUUUAUAUUGCACUGCCAUGCCUUUAUCACGCGAAACUGUAAUAUCGUCCGCAACGUUCUAAGCAUACUUAGUAUACAGUGUAGUAGAUGUUUGCUUACCUUGGUCUUGUGGUUUGCUAGUACGGCAAUAUACUGAACGUACAUGAAACAAUUUUCGUAUGCAGUUUAAAAACCAUAUAAAUAGUAAGGGAGUUUUCGUAUUUAAUGAUCUUGUCGUCAUUAACAAUCCAAAAAAACACAUGAAUCCCUAAUCUUCAUUUUUUGUUGAACUGUUAAUUUGUCCCAAUAAUAUGCCCCAAGUUCGAAACUGGAUCAUGUGCGGUCAAUAACUUGGUCAUAAGUUGAAACUGAAGAGAAUGCAUUUAAAACUCUAAAGUCAUCAUUAUUUUCUAUGUAUCAUAAAUCUUUAUCAACCCAUUUGGUAUACAGCAUCCUCUUUAAGUGUUACAAAAUGUCCUCUGUUCCGAAAAUAAGUAUUCUCGUAUGCUGACUGUAUAUAUGAAUAAAAUGAAACGAUUAUCCCAUUCAGUUCAUGUUGUAUUUCGU